GAGCGAGAUGCGAGUUCUGUGCGUCGACGUCAGCGUGCUGACGUCACGAGUCCGGAGGUCCCAGGGCUUCUGGGUGCGGGCGGUGGGCUGUGUGUUGCCCGGUGGACUGUGUCCCGGGUCCCGCCCUGCCGAGCCCCGCCCCUCAGGCCCGGGCGCGACCGCGGAGCCGCAGUUCCCGGGCCAGCCUGGGGCGGCCGGCCCGGAACCACCCGUUGAGGUGUCCUCUCUUUAGGGAUGGUGAGGUUGGAAGAAGGCUCCUGUAACCCUCCUCCAGGAUGAACCACCUGCCAGAAAACAUGGAGAAUGCUCUCACCGGGAGCCAGAGCUCCCACGCUUCUCUGCGAGACAUCCAUUCCAUCAACCCCACACAACUCAUGGCCAGAAUUGAGUCCUAUGAAGGAAGGGAAAAGAAAGGCAUAUCUGAUGUCAGGAGGACUUUCUGUUUGUUUGUCACCUUUGACCUCUUAUUUGUAACAUUACUGUGGAUAAUAGAAUUAAAUGUGAAUGGAGGCAUUGAGAAUACGUUAGAGAAAGAGGUGGUGCAGUAUGACUACUACUCUUCAUAUUUUGAUAUAUUUCUUUUGGCAGUUUUUCGAUUUAAAGUAUUAAUACUUGCAUACGCUGUGUGCAGACUGCGCCAUUGGUGGGCAAUAGCGUGUGAGAUGCCUAAUGUGAACAGUGCUGGAUCAUGUGUCUUGCAGUUGACGACGGCAGUGACCAGUGCCUUUUUACUAGCAAAAGUGAUCCUUUCAAAGCUUUUCUCUCAAGGGGCUUUUGGCUAUGUGCUGCCCAUCAUUUCAUUCAUCCUUGCCUGGAUUGAGACGUGGUUCCUAGAUUUCAAAGUGUUACCUCAAGAAGCAGAAGAAGAAAACAGACUCCUGAUAGUUCAGGAUGCUUCAGAGAGGGAAGCACUUAUACCUGGUGGUCUUUCUGAUGGUCAGUUUUAUUCCCCUCCUGAAUCUGAAGCAGGAUCUGACGAAGCUGAGGAAAAACAAGACAGUGAGAAACCACUUUUAGAACUAUGAGUACUACUUUUGUUAAAUGUGAAAAACCCUGGCAGAAAGUCAUCGGAGGCAAAAAGAGGCUGACAAUGGAGUCUCCCUGUUGACGAUAAAAUGGUGAUGUCCACUGCUGACUUUAUUGAACAGCUAAUAAAGAUUUAUUUAUUGUAAUACCUCACAGACAUUGUACCAUACCCAUGCACAUUUAGUCGCCUGCCUGUGGCUUAUAAGGUAAUGUCAUGAUUCAUUCUCUUUUCAGUGAGACUGAGUCUGAUGUGUUAACGAAUAGGUGAGGAAAGUCUUGUGCUGUAUUCCUAAUCAGAAGACUUAAUAUAUUGAAAUAACACUUUUUUAGUAAGCAAAAUACCUUUUUAUUUCAAUUCACAGAAUGACAUUUUUUUGUUUUAUGUCUCAGAUUUAUUUUGUGUUUCUUUUUUAACACCCUAUAUUCCCUUUGUGUUUUUUAACUCAUGCACAUGUGCUCUUUGUACAGUUUUAAAAAGUAUAAUAAAAUGCAUCAUGUCAAUGUGGCUAGUUUUAUUUUUCUUGUUUUGCAUUAUGUAUAUGGCCUAAAGUGUUGGACUUGCAAAGAAAAAAGUGGGAUUGUGAAUACGUGUAGUGUCACCCGUCAUUUAUGUUAUUUUUAUCAUGAAAUCAUGUUUUUCUCUGAUUGUUCUGAAAUAUUCUAAAUACUCGUAUUUUGAAUGCACAAAAUGACUUGAACCAUUCAUAUCAUGUUUCCUUUGUGUUCAGCCAAUUUCAAUUAAAAUGAACCAAAUUAUA